GAAUACAGUGUUGUGGACAGCUGUUGGGAUUAAGAAAAUUUAAAUGGUGGCAGAGUAAAAAAAAAUGUAUUUUUCCGAUGAAAACUGAUAAAAUCGGAAAAUAUUAUGUAACCGAUGGUUGCCUACUCCAACAACAUAGGUCGUUCGUUUUAUACGAGACAACCCGAUCGUCAUUCGGCUUUUCGUCUGGACCGACCUGGCAAACACUACACGAAGCUCUGCGAAUCCAGUACGCCAGUCCGCGACAAACAACCGCUUUGGUUGGUAGGGGUGUAUUCGAAAUCGGCAUUUUUUCCAUCAUCAUUACUAUCUUAACCUUUCUAUUAUCAAUCAUCUAAUAAUAGUAGUGCACGUUGGCAUACAUAAAUAAUAAAACACAUACGUUAUUAUUACAAAACGCGUUAGCUAUGUUAGUGUGGUAGCUUGUGCGAAAACGGCCAUUUUCGAAAACGCACCAAUGUGCAAUAUCCUACUACUACUACAUACCAAAUCUACAAUAAUAACAGUUGAUGUGUGAACCGAAAAAUUCGUUGGCUGCUAUUUGUUUGUGUGCGGAUUUGUAAAUAUUUUUUCGUUUUGUCGAGUUUUCUGUGUGCCGAGAAUUAAUAAGGUUCAAGUUCCGUUGUCAUCGUCGUCAUAAUCAUCUCUCGCGGCCCUUGACAAGAGGAUGGCGAGCAUGCACGUUGAAGUGGAGUAAAUGAAAUGCAGCCAACUAAUAGCAAACGUCGCAGUCUUGUUUUCGUAAGAAGAAAGUGAUUCACCGGCGUCCUCCUUACAUCAAGAUGGUCUUCCAUAACAUAUUAGUACCGACGUGCAAUGAUUGUCCGCGUUUUUACACCAACGCCCCCGUUUCAGACCUGGAUCCAAACGUUCAGUGCGUUCGGUAGAGAUUUUUGCGGCGCCUAUAAUAAAACAGGUAAUAAAAUUAACAAAACCAACGAAAACAGAACUUUUUUUCUUUGUCGAAACCCCCCCUGGCGCGUUUUCACAUGUCCCUUUGACGCCGAUCGAAAACGGAUUUUUUUUUCACUCAACUUUCCACCGUCAUUUCUCCUACUCGUCGCCCUUACCGUGUCCAUUCUGUAUGCGGAAACAUUGGUCGGUUUCCAGACCACGGCCAGCCGUCCGAAACCAACGUCAUCUUCAAUCCUGCUCGUGGUUCUGUGUAUCGUCUUGGCAACUUUGACGAUAGCGACCAAAUGCUGUGCGUCAAAUGCCCUUGUCACGCCGCUCCAACAACAACAACAACAGCAGCAGCAACACCGGGACGUAGAAUCAUCGUCACUUGAAAACAACACUCCCAGAUUCCGACACUAUCACCGCAAUUCGUCGAAAACGACCAUUACCAGCGAUAAGAUAAGAACGAGAAGCGGGGCGAUUCCGUCGUCGGAACGGUUGUCGUAUCACCUCCUGCUCCUUGCCAAAAGAUCAACCGGUCAUGAGGACGACAUCGUCGGUAAGCGUUACGGUAAUGCCGAGAGUGAGACGGUAGAUUACAGUGUCGUCGAAGACAAGAAGGAGCGAAAGGGGUUGUUAAGGGACGAGGAUGGUGAUGACGCCGGAUCUUCCUCGUAUGGUUACGUAGUGAACAACAACGCGUUUGCAAUUAACAGUACUUUCAUUAUUAAUAAUAAUAACAAUACUAAUAACCGUUCGGAAGUGAUCGCGUCGGAUGGUAACAGUGGCGUCAACGCGAGAGUAAGUAACGCAAGUGGUGACAGUCGAAAUAAAUCGAUUUUGAACCAUCGGGGUGCGGUACGUACUGGGGACAGGUACAAGUGGAGGUCGAGCGAAAGAGGACCGAAGGAGGACGGCGAACAGCCGAUGCCGCCGGCUCAUGAGGACAGCAGUUCAUUGAGUCAUCAGUCGACGGUGUUGUUGUUGGUAGUGUCUUCGAUUGUAUUAACGGUGGCGCUGACACUCGUCACGUGCGUACUGAGCCACUACCGCGGGGGUACGGCGGCCGACCCACACGACGCCAGGCAAACACCGACUACCGCACCCAUGCUGUCGGUGGUAAGUGCUGGUGCCGCGACGGGGGUGGGCGGCAUGGCAGACCGGUUAAGAGGUCAUCAUCAUGGACACCAUCAUCAUCAUCAUCACCACCACCUUCAUCACGGCGGCGUCGGUAGCGGGGGCGGAGAAGGUGGCGCGACGGGGGGUGGGACCACUACGACGAUGACGUCGUCUUCGACGCGAGACCUGGUGGCGGCAAGCAGCAGGGAUCGGCAGGUUCGACUGCAGGCCGUGAACACCGACUUCGCCAUUAAUUUGCCGCCCAGUAUAGCGCUCCCCGAUGGGGAGGAUCACCCUUAUUCCAAUGCCAGGUUACACAUCAGGGAUUCAGAUCAGGAAUCAGAAAUAUACCAGAAGUGCAUAAAACCGCCUCCGAACCGGACGGUUUUGGAGUCGGAAUCGCCUCCCCCGUAUCGGUCGAGUUCGGCGGGUUUGCUGGGGAGUAUAAGCAGUAGCAGCAGCAGUAGUAGCUCGUCAAGCAGCGAGUGGUCGGGGGGUAACGCGCCACUAGUGGUCCGGUGUCAUUCUAUGUCGUCAUCUUCGUCGACGUCGACGAAGAGGCCUUCGGAUAUCGCUACUGCUGUAGCUGUUGCCCCCUUAACGGCGAACGCCGUAGUCUCUUCUGCAUCCGCGAGUGGCGGUGGCUCCAGCCAAAAGACUGAUUUCUUACAAAGAACUGUUAAAAUAUUUACCGGUGGCAGCAAGAAGAGUCAGCCACCGCCCGCGCCCACGUUGCUGCUACCACCUGUGGUGAUAGUGCCUACGCGAUCGCGUAAUCUCACCUCUGAACAACAUCAUCAUCAUCACCACCAACAACAACAGUAUCAUCAGCAGCAACAAAACAGCCCCAAACCGAAACCACCCGGCAUCUGACCUCCAGAGCCGGCUCUUAGGUGACAUUUGUAAAUUAUCUCUUCUAGCCAUUGAUUCCAAUAUGUAAUUGAUUUAUUAUUAUAUUUAAACCACUAUGAUUAAUAUAAUUAUUAUAACUAUUAUUACUGCAUACUACUACUACUGAUGAUGAUUAUGAUGUUGGGGAGUGUCGUCAAAAAAAAAAGAAAUAUUGACGUGCGUACCAGUGGCGUAGAGAGAGGAAAAGAUGGAAUAUCAACGAAAACACGACGAUGCUAAGCAUACGGACAGACAGAAAACGGUGGACAUAUUUGUAAUGAAAGGUAGGGAAAGAGACAUAGAAAUUGAAGAAAACUCAUCCUCCGGUUUUAUAAUUCACUUCUUCCACGUGACAGAAAAUGCCAAGAUGAUAAUAACAAAUAUAAAAAAAGAUAAAAUGCGAACGAACUACUGUGUUGUUCAAAUAUUAAUUAAUUAUUAUUAUUUAUGUACCGUGUACAUUUUUUUAUUGUAUUAUAUUUAUGUAAAUCGUUAUUUAGUAGAUGAUGAUGAUCGAACGACCAAUCGAGUCUCACGUUCGGAAAUAUACUUGUCCUGUAAUCGAUCAACAAAAAGAAAGAAAACGACACCUUACAUAUUCACUUAUUUAUUUAUUUAUUAAUUAAUUUAUUUAUCCAACCGUGGCUGAUUUAAGUUUAAAAAAGUACGUAAAACAUAUUUGGAAUUUAUUGAAAGAAAAUCAUAUUUUUCAGGUGAGUUGAUAUAUGAAUAUUAUUCCAUUAAAAUUUAAACGUGAUACAUCUAAAGAGGUUAUUAUUUUAAUAAGAACUUGCACUUUUCAAAGUUUUGUAAAAAUCGAAUUUAUUAUAUCCCGAAACACUGAAAAUUUUCAAUGUGUAGAAGUGUUUUUCUUGUAAAGUAUAUUGGCAAAUGAAAAGUUCCUAUUCAUACUUCAGCAUGACUUCUUCUUUUAAAUAAAAACAAAGAAUUUGGUAUAUUCAUUCAGAAAAAGUAAUUUUAUUUUACUCUCCAAAACAAUAGAAAAAAUUUAUUUUAUAUUUCUAUAUCUAAAAGUUAAGGCUUUUGUGACAUUUUUUAAGUUAUCGUGAAAAGACUGUUUCAGCCACAGUUGUAAAUACGACAAAGAUGAAAAGGUAGUUAUUUACUAUUUAUAUACAUUUUUUUAAUAACCUACAGUUUAUCAAUGACGAUUGCAGCACAUUUUUUUCCGAACGUUUUAAAUAAACUAAAUUGUAAACUAAAAGAAAAAAAAAUAAGAAAUUGGCAUAUUUUGUUACAA